UACACAAGGAUCUCGCCGUCCAAGUAACGCAGUCUCUCUUUCACAAUCUCUAACGUCUUUGCGCAUCUCUCUCCAAUUUGAAGUAAUAAUAAAUGAUUUUACACACAACAUUGUCCAAAACGAAACACGAAUGUGCUCGAUAUGCGAUGAGAAUUCUGGAACGGAAAGAUGGCUUGUGGCCUCAGUCCGUUCCAAAGUCUAUUCUUUAUCCACACCUACACUUUAUGUCGAGCAAACCCGUCUCUAACAAACGCUCUAACAUGUCCUCUCUGUACGAUCUAGACCUUGGUUGGCCCUCAACAAAAAUUCACGUCCAAACUAUUGCGGACCGGUGCACGAAACAUAUUUGCAAGCUCUGGCUUCAUCGUGAUGGCAAGUUUGAAAUUGGAAACCAGGUCGUGCAGGGAGAGACUGCUGGAGAGAUUCCUGAGUUCGACUCCUGGCUUGACACAAAGGUGGGCGCUACGUCGAGGUCUAUUGUUCAUUUUGGGAGACCAUUAGUCGCAUCGGCCCCGCGAAGAAGAGCUCGAUCACCUUCAGUGGCUAUCCUGAACGAUCGGGUCCCGCCUUGGACGAUCACAAGCGUGUCUGUUGUAGCCUGGACUUGCCGUACUCUCCGGAGUAUGGUGGGUCUGUCAGAUAGUCUUGAAAUAACGCUUGAGGAAUUGACGGAAAAAGGAAUUGACGGAAAAGGCAUUGGCAUUGGUGCCAUUCCUGAAGGCUUGCCGGAAGGCUUGCUGGAAGGAUUGGCGGUGUAGGUUCCAGCUUCGAGCUGGGACUGAGGCUGUGGUGGACAUGGAGGUUGAAAGGUGCUUUGUGCCUUUUCUCAACCUCCUUCUUUCUCGUUUAUUGUCAAACUAAUGAACGAGAGAACUGCCAAUGCCUUCUUCUUUUUUUUCAGCUAGACACUUUUUUCACCUUUGUUAUUUUUCUUGCAUUCUUUGAAAUAAUAUAAUAGCUCUU